AAUCUGGGGGAUCCUCUCUCAGAGACGAAGAACUGAAAAAUCGUUUGUCAGAGAAACCUUUCAUCGAACGAUCGAGACCGUGCUAUGGGAAGGGGGAGCUCUCAGGACUCAAACGAUGCCUGAAAGGCGCAGAAGCGCUUGCGCGGCGUGAGUGAAGAUUGUGGGAGACGCUCGGUACACCCCUGGGCUCAACUCAGCCGAGUCGGUUCAUGGAACCACCGUGCUAAUUUCCACCGUCGAACCACGGCUGUAUUAUACAAUCUGCAAGCAGUCGCACUCACUCAAGGAGCCUCAAGACAUGACUGGACAGAGUCUGGAUGGUUUAAAUGGAGAUAAUCCCGAAAAUAGCGCUAUACGCAUUAAUGUCGGAGGUUUCAAGAGGCGACUUUUCUCUAACACACUGUCUCGCUUUCCUGAGACGCGACUUGCACGUUUGCUGCGAUGUCAGUCAAAAGAAUCCAUCCUCGAGCUGUGCGACGAUUACGAUGACGCCGAAAAAGAGUUCUACUUUGACCGGAAUCCCGCGCUUUUUCCUUACGUUUUGAAUUUCUAUAACACCGGCCGCCUGCAUGUUAUGGGAGAACUUUGCAUUUUCUCAUUCAGCCAGGAAAUCGAAUACUGGGGCAUCAAUGAGUUUUUUAUCGACUCUUGUUGCAGCAGUACUUAUCACUGCAGGAAAAUGGAGCCGGUCCGAGAGGAAUGGGAAGACAAGAGCGAUGAGGGAAGCACAACUUCUUCCUUUGAUGAGAUCUUGGAAUUCUACAGCGAUGCUGCCAAAUUUGACAAGCAGCCACUGGGGAGUAUGAGGAGGAAGAUCUGGCUAAUGUUGGAUAACCCUGGCUACUCCAUACCCAGCCGCAUCAUCAGUGUGUUCUCUAUCGUGGUGGUGCUGGUCUCCAUAGCCACUAUGUGCAUGAACAGCAUGAGCGAGUUUGCUCUGCUGGACGGCGAGGGCCAGCCUCAGGAGGACCCCCGUUUUGAGAUUGUGGAGCAUUUCGGAAUAGGCUGGUUCACUUUUGAGCUGGUUGCCAGGUUUGUGGUGGCGCCAGACCUCCUGCACUUCUUUGAGCACCCGCUGAACGUGAUCGACUUGGUGUCCAUUCUGCCCUUCUACCUCACGCUCCUGAUCGACCUGGUGGCCGAAAGCAGCCCAGCGCUGGCCAACCUGGGCCGCGUGGCGCAGGUGCUCCGCCUUAUGCGGAUCUUCCGCAUCCUGAAGCUGGCACGCCACUCCACCGGCCUGCGAUCGCUGGGCGCUACGCUGAAGAACAGCUACAAGGAGGUGGGUCUUCUGCUGCUAUACCUGGCUGUGGGGGUGUCCUUCUUUUCUGUGAUGGCCUACACCAUCGAAAAGGAGGACAAUGAUGGGCUGACCACCAUCCCAGCCUGCUGGUGGUGGGCCACAGUCAGCAUGACCACGGUGGGCUACGGAGACGUGGUUCCCGGGACAAUCGCAGGGAAGCUCACUGCCUCUGCCUGCAUCCUGGCAGGGAUCUUGGUGGUGGUGCUACCCAUCACACUCAUUUUCAACAAGUUCUCUUUGUUCUACAAACGGCAAAAGCAGCUGGAGAUCGCCAUGAGGAGCUGUGACUUUGACGAGGGCAUUAAAGAAGUACCCUCGGUGAACCUUAGGAACUAUUAUGCUCACAAAGUGAAGUCUCUCAUGGCCAGUCUGUCCAACAUGAGUCGCAGUUCCCCCAGUGAGCACAGCCUGAAUGAAUCGCUGCAGUAGCUCAAUGGCCUGACAGCCAUCGCCUCUGUAUUGAAUAUCAAUUUAAGUACAGAGCAUCCUGGUUUGCCAAAUAUGUCUGUUGUUCCAGCAAAACAGACUCAUCUGAUAUUUUCUGGAUUUGCUGAGCGCAGUUUUGUUGCCAUGUGUGUCCGUAACCAUGACAGAGAUAGAUAGCUAUUUGCUGUCCAUGGUCCUGAAACAUGAUUGGUACCGCACAUACUAUACAGCAGAACUGAAUUCUGUCCUUACACUGAUUAUACUCACAGUUUGUAACACAGACCGAUCUUCACAAUCUCCAUAGCUUUAAUGAAACAUAAUGUUUACGACAAUGGGUUCAGUACCCACUUAGUCAGUGGAAUACUGACAUAGUCCCAUUCCAUCUCAGUGGUUUACCUAUCAGUUAUGAAAUUCAAAAUCUCAUGUUAUUCUUCUCUCUAUUAGAAGUCUGUACUUGAAAGGCUUUUAGAGCAGGGUUUAUUCAGUAAUGUCAUUAAUACUCUUUUAAAUAUAUACUUAAGAAUUUACGUAUGUUGUUCUUUGUAUGCAGGAACAUAAUUCUCCUGCUGGUGGUGUCUUACAACUUCAGUGUUUAGAUGUUGUACAAUGGAAGUAUAGUUGUUAAAUUACAUGUAGUUCCUAAAUCAAGUAAAGGGAUGAUAACAUUUUAGAAAUAAUUUGUCUUGAAUCUGACCAAUUCCCGCAAUUAUCCAAAGGAGACAGCACAAGGGGGCGACCCGGUAUCCACUGUCUGAUCCACAGCUACACUCUGAGGGCUUAGGAGCGCAACAGAGCAGGCUUUAUCAUGGGCACAGUGGGAGAAGUUCUUACUGAAAACUAUUACUCAGUGUUAACUAGAGAUAAUGUUACUUCUAUCAGCUUGGUGGUGGGUUGUAAUAACCAACAUACCUGUGGUUAAUGGUAAUUUAAUGGUAAUAUGGCAAUAUGAACACAGAAGUGUGUUGGUUUGAUUAAAUUAAAAAGAUGCCUCCAAAGCAGUAUUUAUGAUUAUGAUAGCACCAUUUAUGCAUCUCAUUUCCUGCUGAAGUUGUCACUCACCAAAUAUACAGAACAAUUCAGCAAAAUUAAAAAAAACUGUAAUAGACCCAGCCAAAAUAAUAUAUAUUUCCAGAGGAAGUCUAACAAUGCUUGAUGCACACAAACCUAAAUAUGAUCGAUGUAGAUCUCUUUCUAAAUAUUUCCAAGAAAACUGAAAAACGAAAUGAUUUAUGACCGGGUAUCAUACUGUCAAUCGACUGGGUACCAUAUUUGUAUUUGCAAGUGUGCUUUGCAUGCUUUAAAAUGCACGCUGAAACUGAAAGACAUUAAGCCUUACUCUCAGCCAUAACUAAUAGGCCUAAGAGGUUGAUCUCCAUACAUACUCAACAUACUGAGCAUCCUUCAGUUAUUAAACUGGCUCUGUUUAGUUCAAAUAUAAUUUUACUUAUUGAUUUUCCAGUGAUAUUGGAGUGUAAUUAGGUAUUAUUAAGGUAUUAGGUUAUGUAUUACAUGUAAUGUUGUAACCUUUGCAUUGUGGUUGUAACUAUUCUGAUUGAAUUAAGAGUCACUUGGGGCAAAACCAGAGUAUACUUGAAUGCUAAUGUGUUUGUGUGUUGACUCUUCAGCGAAGACCUAACUGUUGUUUGAAUCUGCAUAAGAAAGAAAAGUGAUCAGGGUUUGUUGAAUGGCACGUAAACAAGUUCUUGAGGCCACAGUUGGUCAACUUCCUCUGUACAUGCAUUGUACAUUGUACAUCAAUACAGGGAAGUCAUCCUUGAGUGUUCCAGUAUCUGUGGGAUCAGUUACAUCCUGAUGUCACUAGUAAGCUCAUAGUAACAAAAGAACUCUGAGAUCUAUGCAUGACUGGAUUGCAGGAC